GCCCCGACUCCCUUCCCUUUGUACUACUACCACGUCAUUAUUACUAUUUCACCCUUUUAAGAGUUUACAACCCCCACCCUGUUCUCUUGCUUCUAUUUAUUUUUCUCAUCUUUUCAUUAACUGUAUCAUACCAAAUCCCACCACCAGGCACCAGCUCUAGAAGAAGAAGAAGAAGAAGGAGAAGAAGAAGAAGAAAGGGCUGGAGGAGAAAGACCAUGAAAUGGUGGGACUAAGCGUUGUACUAGAAGCAGAAGGAUACGAGGAUAUCAGUAGCAAGAGAAGUGCUCAUCACCAAGUUAUUAGCAAAGCCAGCAUGAUCAUCAAACCAUCUCCUUCUUCUCCAACUCCUCCUACUUCUCCUUCUCCCUUCACAAAAAGGAACAGCUCCUUUAACCUCUCAUGUGGUACUAGUGGAUUUCUUGACUAUUGUUUCCUUUGCAGACAGAAACUUUUGCCUGGCAAGGACAUCUAUAUGUACAAAAAUUUACACAGCUGGUGGGUCUUUAUGUAUGCAGAGGUGACAGGGCUUUUUGCAGCGAGGAGUGCAGGUGCAGACAGAUAUUCAUGGAUGAAGAAGAAACUAUUAAGGCUAAAACUGACCACUGUUCAUUGGCUGCUUCAUCAUCUAAUUCCUCUUCUCGUAAAGGGGCCAAAAAAAGAGCAAAUGGUUUUGCCUAUUAGUAUAACUUUAGUGGAAAUUUUUUUUUUUCUUUCUUGUUUUUCUUUUGGCUUAUCUCUAGUUUUGGCUUUUGCCUCAUUUUGUAACGACUCUCGGGCCGACCGGGUUUUGGUUCUUAGCAUGGUUUGCAGCUAAGAAGGCUCUUGGUUUUGGUUUUGGCAAAUAGAUUGCAAGAACAUGAUUGGCUUUUUGGCCAUGUAAUGUCCACGAUGAGAGACUAGGAAUAUUUGUUUGCGUUUUACUUGCUGCUACUGUUCAAUGUCAAAUGUAGGUAAGGAAACGCAUACAUCUUAUCUGUUGUUGAUUGGGAUGUCUAUCUUGUUUCAAGGGUUGACCAUCUAAAA